GCCUUUCUUUUUCCUCUCAGAGAAAGCCCAUCUCACAGUUACAGCUGGCAACUUCGGAAAAAGCUUCAACUCAGCAAGAGCUAACAUGCUUAGGAAUUUACUUCAGAACCUAUAAAAGAUUCUUCUAUUUACCACCGUCUGGGAUCUGCUGCAGGAAUACCAAAAAGGAAAAUCUCAUUUUAAAAAAGUAGAAGACAAAUUGGGAAUGUUUAAGUCUCUGAAACUUUGCAUUGAAAAGCAAAAUAAGAUUGUUAACCUAAGCUUAAACAUUUUGGAGUGUAAGAAACUAUUAGCUUUGGAACAUUCAUCUUGACUACGGAAAUACAAGUUUACAAAACAAAGUGGCUGUAUUUCCAGACUCAGAAACGCAGCUUUUCUUUAUGUCUGCAAUCUUACGGGUUGGCUUCAUUGACUGCGACCCUGGAUUCAUGGAUUAUCAGGAGACUAGAAAAUGAGAGUACUUUCCUGUUGAAGAACCUACUAGAAACUUUGGAGCAGUAAGUUUCAUGUUUCUUUUGGAGAUUUCAGAGAAAGAGAAAGCAUUUUAUAAAACUGGCCAAAGAUCCAAACUCUGCAAUUAUACUGGAAGUUAUAGUGGUCAAAAUCUGAAUACCAAAGGAGACAGCAGCUGACAAAAGGACCUCGGCAACACAGAAGGACCUCCACACCACAAGCUGGACGCGCCUUUAUAAUGGUAAGCACAAACAGCUCCCAGUGCCCCUAUGAUGACUCUUUUAAGUACACACUGUAUGGGUGCAUGUUCAGCAUGGUGUUUGUGCUUGGGUUAAUAUCCAAUUGUGUUGCCAUAUACAUUUUCAUCUGCAUCCUCAAAGUGCGAAAUGAAACUACCACGUACAUGAUUAACUUGGCAAUGUCAGACUUGCUUUUUGUUUUCACUUUACCCUUCAGGAUCUUUUACUUUGCAACACGGAAUUGGCCAUUUGGAGAUUUACUCUGUAAGAUUUCUGUGAUGUUGUUUUAUACCAAUAUGUACGGAAGCAUUCUCUUUUUAACUUCCAUUAGUGUAGAUCGAUUUCUGGCAAUCGUCUAUCCUUUCAGGUCAAAGACUCUAAGAACCAAACGAAAUGCAAAGAUUGUUUGCAUUGCCGUGUGGUUAACUGUGAUGGGAGGAAGUGCACCAGCAGUGUUUUUUCAAUCUACCAACUCACAUCCUAACAAUACCUCAGAAACCUGCUUUGAAAACUUUUCGGAAGCCACGUGGAAAACUUACCUCUCAAGGAUUGUGAUUUUCAUCGAAAUAGUGGGAUUUUUUAUUCCUCUAAUUUUGAACGUAACUUGCUCUAGUAUGGUGCUAAGAACUUUAAAUAAACCUGUUACAUUAAGUAGAAGCAAAAUGAACAAAACGAAAGUUUUAAAAAUGAUUUUUGUACAUUUGGUUAUAUUCUGUUUCUGUUUUGUACCUUACAAUAUCAAUCUUAUUUUAUAUUCUCUUAUGAGAACACAAACAUUUGUUAAUUGCUCAGUAGUGGCAGCAGUAAGGACAAUGUAUCCAAUCACUCUCUGCAUUGCUGUUUCCAACUGUUGUUUUGACCCUAUAGUUUACUACUUUACAUCAGACACAAUUCAGAAUUCAAUAAAAAUGAAAAACUGGUCUGUCAGGAGAAGCGAUUCCAGAUUCUCUGAAGUUCAAGGAACAGAGAAUUUUAUUCAACAUAGCCUACAGACCUUGAAAAAGAUAUCUGACAAUGAAUCUACAAUAUAAGCUAUCUGAAAUAAAACCACUGGGACCUUAACUGGGACAGAACCUCAAAGCUCCAUCAACUGUGAAGUGUUCUCUUGGAAAACUUUUUCCUCCACCUCCAAAAGAAAAUUAACACAUGGACAGUUAAAUGUUUUUAAAGAAGAUUUGUAUUCAAUGUGUUAAGCGUUAAAAUAUAUUCUAUUGUAUAUACUCCAUUUUAUUUUUGAGCCACUUUAAUGUGUUCUUUCCUCAUUAAAAAAAAUCUCUUUAAAAACUUA